UACGCGGCAGAGGCGAUGGAAACAUGGCGUUGAUAUCGAGUCAGGCGGAAACUGAGGUGCAACAAAAGGACGGAGGAGAGGAGGAUGACCGUUCUGUGACAAACUCUUACAGCGGCAGUGGGGAGGACUCCUUGGACAGUCUUCUGAACCAGAGAUGUCCGCUCACUCCUUCCCUCUCUCCACGGAAACGGACCACCAGCCAGAGCAAAACAGAGCCCCCCCUGCUGAGGACCAACAAGAGGACCAUCUACACUGCAGGACGCCCGCCCUGGUACAAUGUUACUGGGACCACCUUUAAGGAAGCUUUUGUUAUUGGACUGUGUGGGGGGAGUGCCUCUGGAAAGACUACUGUGGCUAACAAGAUCAUUGAAGCGCUAGAUGUCCCCUGGGUGGUGCUGCUGUCCAUGGACUCCUUCUACAAGGUUUUGUCCAAGGAGGAGCAAGAGCUGGCUGCCAGGAACGAGUACAACUUUGAUCACCCUGAUGCAUUUGACUUUGAGUUGCUGGUGAUUGUGCUGAGGAAGCUGAAGAAGGGGAAGAGUGUCAAGGUGCCUGUAUACGACUUCACCACCCACAGCCGCAGGAAAGAGUGGAAAACUGUAUAUGGUGCCAAUGUUGUCAUAUUUGAGGGAAUUCUGGCAUUUGCCAACAAAGAACUUCUGAAGCUCUUGGACAUGAAGGUUUUUGUGGACACGGACUCAGACAUUCGGCUCGUUCGACGUUUGAAGCGGGACAUCUCCGAGCGUGGUCGUGACAUUGCAGGUGUCAUCAAGCAAUACAACAAGUUUGUUAAGCCUUCCUUUGAGCAGUACAUCGAGCCUACGGUGCAGGUGGCUGACAUUGUUGUCCCCAGGGGAGGAGAGAACUUUGUGGCGCUUGACCUGAUCGUGCAGCACGUCCAUAGCCAACUGGAAAAGAGGAAGCUCCGCUGGGAUAUAUCAGCUCUGGCCUCUGCCCACCAGGGUCAGCCUCUUCCCACAACCCUGAGUGUGAUGGAAAGCACACCACAAGUGCGAGGCAUGCACACCAUCAUCAGGAAUAAGGACACUAAUCGGGAUGAGUUUAUUUUCUACUCCAAGAGGUUAAUGCGCCUCCUUAUUGAGCAUGCCCUCUCCUUUCUGCCUCUGAAGCCUGUUUUGGUGGAGACCCCCCAAGGGACCAUAUAUGAGGGCAGGAGGCUCAGUGGCAAAAGGAUCACAGGUGUGUCCAUCCUCCGGGCUGGUGAAACCAUGGAGCAAGCUUUGAUGGCUGUGUGUAAAGACAUCCGACUUGGAAAGAUCCUCAUCCAGACAAACCACGACACUGGAGAACCUGAGCUUCACUACCUGCGGCUGCCCAAGGACAUCAGUGAGGACUAUGUGAUACUGAUGGACAGCACGGUUUCCACUGGCGCAGCCGCACUCAUGGCAGUCCGAGUCCUGCUGGACCACGAUGUGCAGGAGGACAAGAUCUUCCUGCUGUCUUUGCUCAUGGCAGAGAUGGGCGUACACUCGGUGGCGUACGCCUUCCCCAAGGUGCGUAUCAUCACCACAGCCGUGGACAAGAAGGUGAACGACGAGUUCCACAUCAUUCCAGGGAUUGGUAACUUUGGUGAUCGUUACUUUGGGACAGAUGCUCCCUCCGACUGGUAUGAAAGUGAUGAGGGGAUGGACUACUGAAACAAACCACAGCUUCUCAGCCCAUAAGGAAAAUGGGUUCAAGCCGGAUAAGCAUCUGGCAGUGCAUUUCAACUUUUUUCCAGGUUGCAGUGCUCUCAAAGCCCACAUUGCCUUUUUCGCAGGAGCAAUAAAAAUAGUAUUGCUUGGCAAAUGGGGGAAGGGGCAAUAUUGGCAGUAUUACUUACUUUAAAAGGUGUUGCACAUUUAACCUUUUGCUAUGGAGUUGUCAAGAAUGAGGCUAUGCUUUAUUUGCUAAUGUGCAACUUUUGACUUCAGACUGAAAGGUUUUCAUUGUCAGGUAUUUGCUGGUAAUGGGUUUGUGCUCUGAACAGGGGGACCAGAAGCCCAUGGGAUUCCACUCACCUUUGGUUUUUACAGGUGAGAAACACCACCUGGUUCUGACUCACAAAUCUACAGUGUUGAGUUCUGGAAUGGGUGGAUCAAUCAAGAGCAGUAAGAUCGUUUCAAGUCGUUUUUUUUUUUUCCCCCCCUCUUCAUCCACCAGUAUUUCAAUUUAUGGUUUAUUUCUUUCCUGCUGAGUGUUUGCUUGUGUGAUGGAGGGAUGGCACGGGAUUUGAGACGUCUUUCAGUUUGGAGAAGUCAUUCUGCUUUUAAAGGAGGUGUACAUGUGGAUCCCACAUACAUUCGCAUGUGUUUCCUGCAAAGGGGCAAUAUUUGCUUUAAAGUGGGACCAAAAUGUAGGCUUGUAUUAAUGUGCAGAUGUGAGUGAGUGAUGCUAUGGGGGUCCUCUAGAUGCAAGGUGCUCUGUUAUCUGUUUGAAUUUUGUCACGUGACAUGACCGAUUAAAGCUCUGCUCACAUUUUAUCUAAGAGUUUACAUUUCUUAGUGGAAUGCUCUGGCUUAUCUUUGAGUUUUAGACCAUCAGACAGCUCACGUAAUAAUUAAGGGACCGAUGAACUUUGACAUGGUGUAGUUUGGGUUUUUGGGUGAGUGAUGGUGAAAGGGAUUUCUCUUUUUUAGGCCAGCUGGUACCUUCAGAUUAUACAACCAACCAAUCAUUGUCAAUAACCACUUGUCCCGAGCGGGGUCGCAGUGAGCCAGAGCCUAUCCCAGAAACACUGGAAUAUCUGUCCAUCUCAGAUUAUACAUCUACCAAGAAUCUACCAUGUAUUCUAGCUUUAGCAAACAUUCACAUGUACAGAUUGUUCCACUUUGUGCCCUAUUUUCUGGGUUAUAUACUUGAAUUGUGCUUUUGGUGUGUAAAUUAUUUCCGUGUGCAUUUAAUCAUUUGGGAAAGCUGUACCCUGACUACUUCCUGGAGGUUUCAUGUACUGAUUUGUACUGUAUGCAAAACAAGAUGAUGUCACUUGAAUCUAACUGAAUUUCAAAAAAGGAAAAAAAAACUUGAAUCCUUAAGCAGAUGGUUGAAUACACUCCUCCAUCUCCUGUGAAACAGUGGGGUGCAGUGGUUAUGCAGUUUCGCUUAUAAUCACCAUGCUUCCAAUUCAAACCCCAUAACUGCGCAGAGCUUUCCACAUACGUAAUGAGGACUUAGAGACGAUAAAAUCAGUGAUUCAGAGUCUGUGUCUGAAGGGUGUUUUUGCUUAAAAAGACUUGGCUGAUACGUUGAAAAAUGUGUUGUUUGUAUCUUUCAGUGGUAAUGGGUCAAAGUCACAGGACAGCGUUUGAUGAGCAUAGUCCAACUGUUGCUGUUAACUUGUGUCCGUACUUCCAGCAGUUUUUCUGACAUUUUGUGUUUGUUUUAGGUUGGACUUUGGGCUUUUAAAAUCAGAUUUUAGAUGAGUAAGAUGUAUUACAGCAAAUGUAUUCUUUGCAGAAAAUGUGGCUUUGUGCUUUUAAGCGAUACAGCACGCAGGUGUAAUAUUUGAGAUUCCACAGAUCAGCGUGCUCAUUUCUUACUGUGACCACCUUCAGUUCGAGGUGCAGCUUUGCAGUGGACAUGUCUUAUUAACAUGUCUUAUGAAAAGAAUGUUUGCCUUUGAAUUGUGUUUUAACUCAUUGUUGGUUUCCAGAGCACAAGUACAUUUUUUUUUUUUUUUAAAUUUAUAAACAUUGUGCCAUACAUGAUUUUUUUACAUGCAUUUAGUUUUGGUGUGAGUGAAGAGUUGCUUUAAAAUGUACUACCAUGUCCUUUUAAUUCUGUUGUGAAGCAAUGACAACUGCUUAUGUGGUUUGCAAAAAAGCGCCUACAGGUAAAGUGAACUUGAACAAAGAUCUCGCUACACCACUGUUCUGAGGCCUUGUCACCACAACCUUUUUCUCUGCUGCUUCAAGCCAUUUUUGUUCAUGAUGAAUAGUUCAUUUUGUGUGGGAAGUAAAAUAAAUAAAAAGCAAACUUUGA